AUAGUUUGGUUUAGCCAAUAAGUUGGUAACUUGGUUGUUUGAUGCACUUGUGAAUUUAAGAGAGGGAGUUAAAAGCAGAGUGAAUAGUGUAUUACUUACGAAGGAGUCAUAGCGUGUAGCGGCAGUACGACGAAAGGUGUAAAGGUGGAUUGAAAUAUUUGAAGAUUUAUAAUUGUGACUUACUUUGUGAAAUAUUUUUUAUGAUAAAAUUUUUUUUCGUAUGCGACAUAAGAAGUUUUAUUAAUUUUGCUUUAUAAUUUAUAACUGAUGAUAUGGCAGAAGCACAUUCAGCUGUAGCAUUUAGUUUUUCUAUUACUCAUGAGGGAUGGGAUGUUAAUUUUGAUAGAGAAGUUUUACAUUUAGUAUGGCAAUCAGGUAUCCGUUCUUGGAAAAAAAGAUUUUUUAGAUUUGUUAACAAUUUAAGAAGUGGUGUAUAUCCUGCUUCUUUAGAAAGUUUAUGGUUUACUAUAGCUGUAGUGACUGCUAUACAUUUUGCUGGUUUUAAGGUACCUUAUGAUCUUGUUGGAAAAGCGGCACCAUAUCUUUCAGCAUCUUCAGUAUUGGCUCAUUUAGCAGGAUCUUUUAUAAUUGGAUUGCUUUUAUGGUUGAUAGUAAUAUAUGUAAUUCGAUAUACUUUUAAAUUGUUACUUAUGUACAAGGGAUGGAUGUAUGAAUCAAGAGAAAAAGGAUGUAGUGCAUCAAGGAUCACUAAAACAUGGACGACAUUAGUGAAAUUGUUCUUUGGAUGGCACAAACCAAUGCUUUAUAGUUUUCAAGGAUCAUUGCCACGCCUACCAUUACCCUCAGUAGUAGAUACAAUGAAGCGGUACCUACGAAGUGUUCGACCAUUGCUCGAUGACGAAAAUUAUGCUCGAAUGGAGACAUUAGCUAAUGAAUUUCAAAAAGGAAUUGGUGUGAAACUUCAGCGAUAUUUAAUUUUAAAGUCUUGGUGGGCUACUAAUUAUGUUUCUGAUUGGUGGGAAGAAUAUGUGUAUUUACGUGGACGAUCUCCUAUUAUGGUUAAUUCAAAUUUUUAUGGUAUUGAUGCUAUUCUUAUGUAUCCUACUAAUAUACAAGUUGCCCGUGCUGCAAAUGUUAUUUAUUCAUGUCUACAAUAUCGACGACUCAUUGAACGGCAAGAAUUAGAACCGAUAUUAAUCCAAGGAUUGGUGCCUCUCUGUUCAUGGCAAUAUGAAAGAGUAUUUAAUACUACAAGAAUACCAGGACGUGAAACAGACAAAAUUGUACAUUAUCAAGAUUCUAAACAUAUUGUUGUAUAUCAUAAGGGAAAAUAUUUUAAAGUUCCAAUUUAUCACAAAAAUAGAAUUCUUCAACCUCCUGAAAUUGAAAUACAAAUGCAACAAAUUUUAAAUGAUAAAUCAAUACCAUCAGAUGGUGAAGAGAAAUUGGCUGCUUUAACAGCUAGUGAAAGAACUGCAUGGGCAAUAGCUAGAGAAGAAUUUUUUUCAAAAGGAAUGAAUAAGGCAUCAUUAGAUCUUAUUGAAAAAGCUGCAUUUAUAGUUGUAUUAGAUGAUAUACCAUAUAUAUAUGAUCCCGAAGAUCCAGACAAAUUAGAUCAAUAUGGUCGAAUUUUAUUGCAUGGUAAAGGAUAUGAUAGAUGGUUUGAUAAAUCAUUCACUCUGUGCAUAGGUAACAAUGGCAGAAUUGGCUUUAAUGCAGAACAUUCAUGGGCAGAUGCUGCAGUGAUGUCACAUUUGUGGGAAUACGUGAUAUGUCAGGAAGUCAACAAUAGAAAGGCUGAUGCUCCUAUUAUGGGAUCUCUAUGGGAAUAUGUUAUCGCUAAAGACAUGGAAAUAGGAUAUAAAGAAGAUGGUUAUAAUAAAGGAGAACCAGAAUUUAUACCUCCAUCUCCUGUACGCCUUCAAUGGGAUUUAACUCCAAAUUGCAUAGCUGCUAUUGAAAAAUCAAAUCAAGUUGCACAAAAUUUAUUAAAUGAUGUUGAAUUACGUAUUUAUGUACAUAAUGCAUAUGGUAAAGGCUUUAUGAAGAUUAAUUCAAUGUCACCGGAUGCAUAUAUACAAAUGGCUUUACAAUUAGCAUAUUUUCGUGAUGCUGGUAAAUUUAAUUUAACUUAUGAAGCUUCUAUGACAAGACUAUUUCGAGAAGGAAGAACAGAAACAGUAAGACCAUGCACAAUUGAAUCUACAAAUUGGGUAAAAGCAAUGGAAAAUAAAGAUGCAACUAUUGAAUUUAAAUAUAAAUUAUUAAUGACAGCAGCAAAGCAACAUCAAAAAGGUUAUCAAGAUGCUAUGUGUGGUAAAGGAAUAGAUAGACAUCUAUUUUGUUUAUAUGUAGUAUCUAAAUAUUUAGAAGUGGACUCUCCCUUCUUGAAGGAAGUAUUAAGUGAACCAUGGAAAUUAUCUACUUCACAAACUCCACAUGGUCAAACUUCAUUAAUUAAUUUGAAAAAAUAUCCAAAUUGUAUCUCUGCAGGAGGUGGUUUUGGUCCUGUAGCUGAUGAUGGUUAUGGUGUUUCUUAUAUUAUUGCUGGAGAAAAUCUUAUAUUUUUUCAUAUUUCAUGUAAACGUAGUUCUCCACAAACAAAUGCUGCCAGAUUUGCAAAACAAAUAGAAAAAGCAUUAGCUGAUAUGAAGAUUCUAUUUCUUGAAAGAAAGAAACUGCAAGAACAAAAGAAUGGUUCUCUAUAAUUAUUUUAGAGCAAAAAAAAAAAAAA